AUGACAGGAGAAGACUAUCCAUCGGACGAUGAUAAGAGUUUCGUCUCGGCAAAGUCGUCGCACGAUCUCAAGACCGAAACGCGCUUCUCACCAGAAGAGGAAGCCUCACUAUUAGCAGAGUCGAACAAGCUCAAGACAGAAGCCAACUCGCUGUUCGCUCAUGGCUCUUUCGAAGAAGCUGUCCAGACAUACGACCGCGCUCUCUCGUCUUGUCCAAAUUAUCUCGAAUAUGAAGUCGCCGUCUUACACUCCAACAUCGCCGCAUGCCACAUCAAGUCGGAACAAUGGAAAGAAGCAAUAGACAGUGCCACUAAAAGCAUAGACGCACUAGAGCGAAUCGACCCUCUACCAAAACCAAAGGCUACACAAGAUGCUGCCAGAGCCAAACCACAACCCCAGUCUGCUGUCGAGGAGAUCGACGAUGAGACAGCUGAGAAAAUUGAAGCUCUAGAAAAAAGUGGAAGAACACGGGACGAUGUGCAGAAAAUCCGCGUCAAGGCAUUCCUGAGACGAGCCAAAGCACGGUCAGAGACAGGAGGAUGGGCCGCUCUACAGGGCGCUUACGAAGACUACACCUUCCUUGCAACUGUACCAAAUUUGUCGCCGUUAGAUAAGAGAACGGUACAAAAAUCCAUGACCGACAUUGGUCCCAAGCUGGAGGACGCCAAAUCCAAGGAAAUGGCAGAGAUGAUGGGCAAGUUGAAGGGUCUGGGCAACAGCAUUUUGAAGCCUUUUGGGCUCAGUACGAACAAUUUUCAAUUCGUCAAAGACGAGAAGAGUGGAGGUUACAGCAUGAAUUUCAAUCAAAACGCUUAA